AUGCAAUUCACCAAGGCUCUCCUCUUCCUCUCGGCCCUCGCGCCCGUCACGUUCGCCGCUGAAGCUGCCACAGCCGACUCCUCGACUGAAACUCCCUCGUCGACCUGGACGCCUGUCAUCACUAGCACUCCCUCCUCCAGUGCUACCCCUUCCAUGAGCCACGUUGCCAGCUCCUCCACCCCCCUGAUCAAAGCUAGCAGUGUCCCUGCCGGUGAGGCCUCGGCUACUCCUUCCGCCCCUGCCACUGCCGGUGCUGCCUCAAUCCACUUCCGUGGUUUCGUGGCUGCUGGUGCAGCCGCCAUUGCUGGUCUUCUCAUGAUCUAA